AUCCUGCAUCAACUUAUUUUAUAUGUAUGUUUGCAGAAGUUGUGCCAGUCGGCUGGGGUAACUUCAUUGAUAGUCUCCAUGCUAUAUAUUUGCAAUUCAUUGCCCGAUAAGAGAGAUACAUUCCUUUUCUGACGUAUUUGAAAUAUUAUUCUUCUCGAACCAUUGGAUUAUUUCUUCUUAAAUCAUAAAUUAUAUUUCAUAUUGCUGCUUGGUCUUCAGAUGCGCAAUCAAAUUUCUUGUUUCCCGUCUUCGAGCGGUUUUUACCCAGCAAUGAUAAUUCAUUUUCUUUAGUGGUUAAGCCAAAUAAAUUUCAUACCUUUAUAAUAAUAACUUGAAAUAUAACAAUGAGUGGUGGGGUAGUGCCCAGUAAAUCAACAGUAUAUAUUUCAAAUUUACCUUUCUCUUUAACAAAUAAUGAUCUACAUCAACUAUUACAAAGUUAUGGAAAAAUAGUAAAGGUGACAAUAAUGAAAAAUAAAAUCACACGACGAAGUAGAGGUGUUGCUUUUGUCUUAUUUCUUACCCCAGAGGAUGCCAUGUCUUGUGCUAAAAAUUUAAAUAACACAGAAAUAGGUGGCCGUACAAUAAAAAGUUCUAUAGCAGUGGAUAAUGGACGUAGUACUGAAUUUAUACGCAGAAGAGAUUAUCCAGAUAAAUCUCAGUGUUUUGAAUGUGGAGAAGAAGGACAUUUGUCAUAUAAUUGUAGAAGUAAUACACUAGGUCCCAGGAAUCCACCAUUAAAAAAAGCCAGAAUAAGAAAGAAGCAUAAAUCUAUCAGUAGCCAUCAUAGUAAUGAUUUUAACAAAAACAGUGAUGAUGAAAUGGUUGAUGAUAAUUGGGAAGAGGAAGUAGAAACAUUAAGUGCUGCCAUUGCACUGGAGCAAAGACAAAAAGAAUUUGAAAACAGUCAGAGAUUAGGAGCUAAAGGGUAUGAAGAAGAAAAUCGGCUAACUCAAAAAUCGGGCAAACGAUAUAAGAAAAAUCAAUACUUUAGUGAUGAAGAAGAUUUUAGUGAAUAAAAUAUUUUUUACGUACAAUAUUAUAGAAGAAGUACUGUUAAACAAGUACUAAAGUACAACUGUAAUAUAAUAAAAUUUCAAAUAUAUUUAUUAUUAA